AUGCCUAAUGCAUCCGGAGCUACCUCUGCGAACCCAUUUGAAGAACCCCAGCGACGUAUCAGCGAGUACACUGCCCAGGAAAUUGCAACCCUUCAAUCACGCCUCGACAAGAAGCUAGGACCCGAAUACAUCUCUUCCAGGCCUGGAGCUGCGGGACAGAGAGUACAUUACCUGUCGGCAGACAAAUGCAUCAACCUAGCAAACGAAGUCUUUGGGUUUAAUGGCUGGUCGAGCUCUAUCCAGACUAUUCAGAUUGAUUUUGUCGAGGAAAACCCGCAAACGGGCAAAAUCAGCUUGGGCCUCUCAGUUAUAAUGAGGGUAACCUUGAAAGAUGGAACAUAUCAUGAGGAUAUCGGUUACGGUCAUAUCGAAAACUGCAAAGGGAAGGCUGCGGCUUUCGAGAAAGCCAAGAAAGAGGGGACAACUGAUGCUCUUAAGCGGGCUCUGAGGAACUUUGGUAAUGUCCUGGGCAACUGUGUCUACGACAAGGACUAUGUCUCGAAGGUUACCAAGGUCAAGGCUAUGCCGGCAAAAUGGGACGUCGACGAGCUUCACCGUCACCCCGAUUUCGUUCCGAAGAAAGAGCCUGUUCCUGUGAAACCAAAACCCAGCUCAGAGGAUGAUGAUCUACCGCCUCGCCCGAUCGAUCUUGGCAAGAGCAGCAACCUGGACGAUUCGAUGGCAUUUGAUGGUGAUGGGGAGUUUGGAAGUGACCUAUUUGAUGAAGCCGACUUUGGCGUCGGUGGAGCAGGCAACCCGGACGAGGUGGUCCUGGGACCAGAGACAUUAAGAAUGCAGCAGCAGCCACCAACGCCUCUCAACGGCCCAAAUGCACAACGACGGCCAUUCGACAAUAACGCGCGUGUACCAGCAAGGCUCAACCCAGCCAUGGUAACGCCAUCCAAGCCGGAACGACCCUUCAACCCAGCCCCAGCUGCCAGACAAAUCCCCGCCCCUCAGCCUUUGAACAACCGACCCAACCCAUCCGCAGCCCAAGGCCAAUACGCACAGCAGCGACAGUCCGUUCCCCCUCAGGGUCUACAACCAAACCUUGCGAACAACCGAAUGAACCCACCAGCACAAGCAGCAGCCCCAUCAGCUACAGGUGGUACUGGACCCGUAAGGCAGGAUGCUGGGGCACCAUCCACCACAAAUGACCCCACCAACCAAGAAGCACUUCCCCCGGGCACACCCUCUGCAUCAUUCUUCUCAGCUCGCGCAGUCGAUCUGAUCCGCGACAACCCUAACGCCAUCCCAUCCGGAGCCCCGGCCUUCGACCCACACGCGGAGAGCCCCUCCAUCCGCAAAACAGCCGGCAUCGACCAUAACAAGACCGUCGCGAUCGCUCGAUCCAUGCUUACCGGCGCCGCGGCCUCCCCUGCAGCCAAUAACACCCGGGACUUCGUCAACCCAUCUCAAGACCCGAAUCGUAAGAUCGGUGCUCCGGGGAUGAACAGCCCUAUGAACAGAGGUCCGACAACUUCAUCAUACCGUCCCUUGACACGACCCAACCUUCCCUCUGGCGCUGCAGCCGUCAACCGCGGCGCUACGCCCGGUCUCGCACCGCAGAACAUGAACGGGAAACGUCCUCCUUUGUCAGAUAUGACGAACGCAACGAACCCAAGUGGCAGCGGGCCUGCUCCGAUGGGUGGUGUGAAUGACCCAAAACGACCCAAGUUUAACCAGGGCCCUGCUGUACCACCACAGCAGCAUCAGCAACAGCAGUAA